GAGCCCCAGGCAGGGUCUGUCCUCACGAGCGGCAAUGGCUCUGCUGUGGCUGCUGAGCUGCCUGGCGCUGGCGGGCUCUGCCCAUGUCGCCCUCGCCGUAGACAGCUGUGGGGUGCCCGCCAUCGCACCCGUCAUCCACGGCUACGCCCGCAUCGUCAACGGGGAGCCGGCGGUGCCGGGGUCCUGGCCAUGGCAGGUGUCCCUCCAGCGCUACAACGGCUUCCACUUCUGCGGCGGGUCACUGAUCAGCGAGAACUGGGUGGUCACCGCCGCCCACUGCGGCGUCAGGACCACCGACACCGUGGUGGUGGGUGCGUACGACCAGGACUCGCCCUCCUCUGAUCAGCAGAAGCUGUCCAUCGAGAAGGUCUUCAAGAACCCCAAGUUCAACAUGCUGACCGUCCGCGACGACAUCACCCUGCUGAAACUGGCCACCCCCGCGCGUCUGUCGGCCCGCGUGUCCCCCGUCUGCCUGCCCCAGGAAACUGAUGACUUCCCGGGGGGCUUGACCUGUGUCACCACUGGCUGGGGGCUCACUGACCCCAACGCCUCGGACACGCCGGCGGUGCUGCAGCAGGUGGCCCUGCCCCUGCUCACCAACGCGCAGUGCAAGGAGUACUGGGGGUACCGCAUCGCCGACGUGAUGGUGUGCGCCGGCGCCGACGGUGCCUCUUCCUGCAUGGGCGACUCCGGGGGCCCGCUGGUGUGCCAGAAGGACGGCGCCUGGACCCUGGUGGGCAUCGUCUCCUGGGGCAGCAGCACGUGCGACCCCAGCGUGCCCGGCGUCUACGCCCGCGUCACCAAGCUCCGCAGCUGGAUCAACUCCAUCCUGGCGGCCAACUGAGGCCGGCAAUAAACGCUGCCACCACCCCCA